GACAGAGUCGGUAGUAAAGGAAAAGCAGCAGCCCAGCCCGUUCCCAGCCUCUCCUCGCCCAGGCACCCAGGUUUUGGGCUGCUUGCUUUUGGGAGCGCUCCAAUGCCUGGUCCUACUCAAGCGCUGUCCCCAAAUGGAGAGAACAACAACGACAUCAUCCAGGAUAACGGCACCAUCAUCCCUUUCAGGAAGCAUACAGUGCGAGGGGAGCGUUCCUACAGUUGGGGAAUGGCGGUCAACGUGUAUUCUACCUCUAUAACCCAAGAGACUAUGAGCAGACAUGACAUCAUUGCAUGGGUGAAUGACAUAGUAGCUUUAAACUACACAAAAGUUGAACAACUGUGUUCAGGAGCAGCUUACUGUCAGUUCAUGGAUAUGUUGUUCCCAGGGUGUAUUAGUUUGAAGAAAGUAAAAUUUCAAGCGAAGCUUGAACAUGAGUAUAUUCAUAACUUCAAACUUCUGCAAGCAUCAUUUAAAAGAAUGAAUGUGGAUAAGGUCAUUCCAGUGGAAAAAUUAGUAAAGGGACGUUUCCAAGAUAACCUUGAUUUCAUACAGUGGUUUAAGAAAUUUUUUGAUGCUAACUAUGAUGGGAAAGAAUAUGAUCCAGUAGAGGCUCGGCAAGGCCAAGAUGCAAUUCCACCACCUGAUCCUGGGGAACAAAUCUUUAAUCUGCCAAAAAAGUCUCAUCAUGCAAACUCUCCUACAGCAGGUGCUGCCAAAUCCAGUCCUGCAUCAAAACCUGGCUCCACAUCAUCUCGUCCAUCUUCAGCAAAAAAAACACCGCCAAGCAGUUCAGUGUCAAAAUCUGAUAAAGAUUUGGAGACACAAGUCAUACAGCUCAGCGAACAGGUACAUUCAUUAAAACUUGCACUUGAAGGUGUGGAGAAGGAGAGAGAUUUCUAUUUUGGAAAAUUAAGGGAGAUUGAGCUUCUAUGUCAAGAACACGGAGAAGAAAACGAUGGUCUUGUUCAACGGUUAAUGGAAGUUCUGUAUGCUUCAGAAGAACAUGAGAGCCACACAGAAGAACAUGAAGGUGAAGAACAGGUUCAUGAACAGCCCCAGCAGCAGGAAGAAUACUGACCAUCUGGCAUAUUGGCUAUUUCUGAUUUUCUGUGGGAACUUUCUUUGGAAGAAUGGAAUGUGUGUGGCCUCAGACUUGAAACCAAUCACUCUCUGUCUGCCAUUAACAUAAAUGUACCAUAGUGAGUGUCAGCCAACUUGCCAAGAUGUGUUUUGCAGAAGUCUUCUAUCAGCGUUUGCACCUAAGAAGGUCUGCAAGUUUUGUUCCCAGUUUCUACCACUGCAACGUCACUAUCUGGCUGCUUGAAAUUUGUUCAGCUUUUUAAAA